AUGGAGAUUUUCCAAGACGGUGAACUCGAAGCAGAGAUAACUAAACGUGAGCUGCAAGCCAAUAGCCUCGGAAGCUGGUGGAGUCUCUUCUCGGAUACUUACGAAGAGAUGGUGCAGUCCAUUGCAAGUCCCGUUCGAGCCGAGUAUUCUGUUGGGGAAUUGGGCGAUCGAGAGUUCCAGCUAAAAGGUGUCAAGAAGGAGCUCCAGUCGUUCAGUCGGGAAGAUUUCCACCUUGUUAACGGACGUGGACAGCACUUGGCUUGCAGUUUCUGGCGUCGUACAGAAGUGACAAGUGCCGACCCAAUUGCAGAGGCGAAAGGCUCAUCAUUGUCGUCCAUGUCAUUGCCAAGUGAAGAGGAGGUGCUGUCAAAUGAGUGCUCGAUCGGUGAGUCCGGGAGGGACAGCGUCGGUACGGACAGAACGAGCAGCUCUAGUUGCAGCAGUCAACACGCAGGUCCAUUGAUGGAUGUUGUGGACCCGUGCAUCAUUUACCUGCACGGCAUGUCGAGCUCAAGAAAAGAGUGCGUGUACUUGCACCGUCAAGUUCUGGCUGCUGGUUUCUCGCUGUUUGCAAUGGAUUUGUCAGGAUCCGGGCUUUCGGGUGGCGAUCACGUGUCCUUUGGCUAUUUUGAACGCGAUGACGUGCGGGUCGUUGUCGAUUAUCUCUACGCUACUGGACGGGCAUCGGCAGUGGGUAUCUGGGGUCGAGAUAUUGGAUCGGCUGCAGCGUUCUUGCAUGUGAAAGAGCGCAUGCCGUAUUGCUAUACGACAAGGACGGUCUCAAAAAGAGAUGCCAGGAAGCUUAAUGUUGUGGAGGACAACGAGAACCACCACAUUUUGUGCAUUCCUCCGUUGACGGGGCUACAUUUCCGGCUUAGCAAGUACAGUGCUGCAAGCGGUGACUUUGUAUUGCUUGCAAUCGAUAACGUUCCUGCUCAAGGACUGAGCCCUACGACGUGCUAUCGCCUCAUACAGCAGAGCUGCACGACAAAUGGCGGCAAAGUUCGGUUGCAAGGAUUCAAGCGUUCGUCCAGCAAAUCGAAAAACGACGGGUUCAUAUUCGCGCUGACAGCAGAUAGCGCGUAUGGAGACAUGGAGCAAGUUAUUUGGGACACACUGCAGAUGAUCUCCCGUAGCGCCGAGCGACGUAAUUUGUUCUUUCCAUCGGCAAUGGUCACAGCGGUGCAAAAGGUUCUGGCGAGCUCCAUUGGCAAGGCAGGAGGGUUUGAUUUCCGUGACGUGCGCUUACUGGAUGCAGCACCACGUUUCACGCUCCCGUGUGCUUUCAUUAGUGCUUCGAAGAAAGAUUUCUUCAUGCCAAAGCAUGCUCGACAGCUUUGUAAUCGAUACGGUGGUCCCAAGAGCUACAUGCAAUUCACCGGCCAGAUUGACGAUAACCGCCCAGCUGAAGUUCUGGAUGCAGCCGUUGUUCACUUUCGCAAGCGGUUUCAACUUUUAAGCACGUAA